CCGGGGGCGUUCCCGGCUGCGGCUGCGGUUCUAACGGGCUCGCGCGGCCGCCCCGGCGCCCCGCCUUCCCUGGCCCGCCCCCGGCUCCAUCUUGCUGGCGACCCUGUUGGGCUGUGACGCUGCUCCCGGGGUCAGAAUGUCAUACCCAGGCUAUCCCCCCACGGGCUACCCACCCUUCCCUGGAUAUCCUCCUGCAGGUCAGGAGUCAUCUUUUCCCCCUCCUGGUCAGUAUCCAUAUCCUAGUGGCUUUCCUCCAAUGGGAGGAGGUGCCUACUCAGCAGCACCAAGCAGUGGCUAUCCUGGAGCCCCUGGCUAUCCAGCACCUGGAGGUUAUCCAGCACCUGCAGGUUAUCCAGGUGCCCCGCAGGCAGGGGGCGCUCCACCCUAUCCUGGAGUUCCUCCAGCCCAAGGAUUUGGAGUCCCCCCAGGUGGAGCAGGCUUUUCUGGCUAUCCACAGCCACCGGCACAGUCCUAUGGUGGUGGCCCAGCACAGGUCCCACUUCCUGGUGGCUUUCCUGGAGGGCAGGUGCCUUCUCAGUAUCCUGGAGGACAAGCUCCUUUCCCUAAUCAGCCUGCUGUGAUGAAUCAGGGAACAAUCCGUCCAGCUGCCAACUUUGAUGCCAUGAGAGAUGCAGAAAUUCUCCGUAAAGCAAUGAAGGGGUUUGGGACAGACGAGCAGGCUAUUGUGGAUGUUGUGGCCAACCGAUCCAAUGACCAGAGGCAAAAAAUCAAAGCAGCAUUUAAGACCAUGUAUGGCAAGGAUUUAAUCAAAGAUCUCAAAUCAGAAUUAAGUGGAAACAUGGAAGAACUGAUCCUUGCCCUGUUCAUGCCACCUACCUAUUAUGAUGCCUGGAGUUUACGGAAUGCAAUGCAGGGUGUAGGAACUCAGGAACGUGUCUUAAUCGAGAUUUUAUGCACAAGAACAAAUCAGGAAAUCCGAGAAAUUGUCAGAUGUUAUCAAUCAGAAUUUGGACGAGAUCUUGAAAAGGAUAUUAGGUCUGAUACAUCAGGACAUUUUGAACGUUUACUUGUAUCCAUGUGCCAGGGAAAUCGUGAUGAAAACCAGAGCGUAAACCACCAAAUGGCUCAAGAAGAUGCACAGCGUCUCUAUCAAGCUGGUGAGGGGAGACUAGGGACAGAUGAAUCUUGCUUUAACAUGAUCCUUGCCACAAGAAGCUUUCCUCAGCUGAAAGCCACCAUGGAGGCCUAUUCCAGGAUGGCUAAUCGAGAUUUAUUAAGCAGUGUGGGCCGCGAGUUUUCCGGAUAUGUUGAAAGUGGUUUAAAGACCAUCUUGCAAUGUGCCCUGAACCGCCCUGCUUUCUUUGCUGAGAGGCUCUACUAUUCCAUGAAAGGUGCUGGCACAGAUGACUCCACCCUGGUCAGAAUUGUGGUCACUAGAAGUGAGAUUGAUCUUGUACAAAUAAAGCAGAUGUUCUGUCAGAUGUAUCAGAAGACCCUGGGCACAAUGAUUGCAAGUGACACAAGUGGAGAUUACCGAAGACUUCUUUUGGCCAUUGUGGGCCAGUAGGAAGAAUUUUUUUUUUAAGCGAAUGAAGCUGUUUAUACCUUACCUUUCAAAGCAGUGACUGACCUGCAUGCAGCAAUAUCAGCCAUCACCUAACCAAAAGAGCUUUUUACUGAGGACUUUGUCAGGGUAAUGUGCUUGGUUUGCACAUGUUGUUGUUGCCUUAAUUCUAAUAUUAUUUUUUUCUCUAUGUACAAUCAAUGUAAAGCCAUAUGCCAAUGAUGUAGUAAUAUUGCAAUGUUUAUAAAGCUUCAUUCUCUCUGUUCUUAUUCUAAUCAGGAUGUCAAAUUGAUUAAAAAUCACAACAAUCUCUAAUUCUGUAUAAUAUUGAAUAAUUAAAAAAAAGUUACUGAGAGAUUUACCUUCCAGAAUACUAAGUUCAUUGGACAGUUGUAGUUAAUAGUUACUGUGUCAAACUGCAUUACUUUUUAAAAAUUAAACUCUUUUGAGCUAGCA